UUUGGACAGCGGGCUGGUGGGGCGAUUCGCACCUUAUGUGCCAUUCACCAUGCGGCGAGCGCUGGGGCUUGCAGCAGUGGUUUGCGGAGAGGCAUUUUGGGAGCCGAGACAUGCGGACUUCUUCAAGCUCAGCGCGGACAUCUCGCAGGUGGAGCGUGUGCGAGAGGUCAGCCCUGAGGAAUUCGACGAACGCGUGCGCUGGGGCAAGCCUUUCAUCAUCGAAGAUGCAGGCAGAGGCCUCGACCUCGUGGGGGCCAGCUGCGAGUCCUUCCAUCAUCGCUUCCCCGGCGCCAAGAUGCGCGCGGAGUACACUGGAACAAGGAAGGAGAAGUUCGUGUCUUUGGGGGGCAAGGCGUGGUUCCAGAAGGACCGCCCACGACCAGAGAAGCAGCGGAAGGAGAUGCCCCCAGACCUGGCACAGACCACCGCGCCCUACGUGUGGCAUGUCAAGGAUGGUGGCCACGAGGCCCCUCCGGAGGUGCGCGCCGCGGUGCAGCGGGCCUGGCAGCCGCCGUACUUCCUCAGGGGCCAGGUGAACCUCCGCGAGGCCAACGAGUCGGCAGAGUUUUGGUUUCACCGGCGGAACGGCGCAGUUCUAGCCCAUGCCGACACCUACUGCAUCCCGGCGGUAUCUCUGCAGCUCACGGGCAAGAAGCUCUGGCGACUGAUGCCCCACCCAGAGGUGCAUCUUUCCCGACUGGCCCCGGACUCUCACGACGGCGGGAUCUACCGCUCCAAGUGGGAGCCUCUUUGGGAAGCCACGGUGCAAGAGGGCGAGGCCAUCGUCUUCUUUCCCAACCUCUUCCAUGAGACCCAGGUGCCGUCCGAAAAUCCCGAGUGCACCGUGGCCACCACUUUCCAGUUCCAGCUGCCCAUUCCCGCGCGUUAUCUCCGGGCCUACCUACCCACCUUCGCCAUGUCGCACCUCUACUACGAGGGCCACUGCCUAGACCUGUGGCAUUCCUACGCGACCUUGGCCUCGCCAGAGGACGUACAGCCCACCACGGACGAGCGGGCCAUCAGCCGCGCUUCUGCGCGGGUGUUUGCCUCUGUGGACACGGACGGCGAUGCCCGGAUCACGCUCGAGGAGUUGAAGGGCUACUUGAGCGCCUUCACGGAGCGCCUGCCCGCGGGUCGAAACUUCGGGCCUUGGCCCCGGUGGUUCUUUACGGAGGACUACUUCUACGACUGGCGUCCGGUGGAGGAGGAAGCGCGGCAGAUGCAGCUGGAGCUGCUGCAGGGAAGGGCCGAGGACACCUUGGCCUACCUGGACUGCUGUCCGCGGGACGGGGCGGUGACCUCCGCGGAGCUGCAUGCGGCGCUGCGGCAGUGGCACCUGGUGCACAGCCGGCUGCACGCCACCGAGCGCCUCAGGCAGAGGGGUGCUCCGCACCGGAAAGUGGAAGAGCUGGAGCGUGAGUUCUUGGAGAAGUAUUUCGCCCGCGACGAGCUGUGAGCGCGCCAAAGAUGCGCAGCAAAAGAAGCUGCAGACGUCGAAACGGUCAGGCGAGCGCCCAAAGGGUCCAUCGGCAAUUUCAG